AUGACAAUCUCAUCCUCGACACCGCCGGGCCACGACACACAACCACUUCUUCGCGAUCGCUCCUCAGGAUCGCCACAAGGAGACGCAGCUUCACUAUUCUCCCUUCUUGACUCAAAGCCAACUUCUUCAGUAUCACGAAAAUAUCGUGAUACGGGCUCGCCUGCAUCAUACGAGUCGACUUCUAGUACCGACUCAACAUUACAGACCGACGAUCUAGUAGAACCUGAUGAGGAAGGUUCGAGGUUUUCAGAGUCGUUGAUAAGACUAUUCGGAAGGAGGGGAGGGAAGGAGAGAGCUCUAGAGCUGGACGUAGACGCAUGCGCGACGAGGAGAUCAGUGUUCGACGAUGACGUGUUGGCAAAACAUUAUUGGCCGAAAGAGGAUUAUGAAGGGUUUGAGAGGUUCGAUGUGUCGGCUCGAUGGUCAGUGAGGGAGGAGAAGGCAUUGGUAAGGAAGAUCGACUGGCAUGUGAUGCUAUGGGCGGGAGUGAUGUUUGCUUCGUUGAACAUGGAUCGAAGUAACCUUAUUCAAGCGAAUACGGAUAACUUUCUGGGCGACUUGGGCCUGACAACAGAUGAUUAUAAUUUGGCAAACAGCCUGUUUCGAAUAGCAUUCUUGCUCUCGGAGCUGCCCUCCCAAAUGAUAGCAAAGCUUAUUGGGCCAGAUCGAUAUGUUCCCAUCCAGAUAUGCCUGUGGAGUCUCGUCACUUGUUUUCAGUUCUUUCUCUCUGGUCGGCAAUCGUUUAUAUGGUGUAGAAUACUGAUUGGGUUUAUUCAAGGCGGCUUCAUCCCAGAGAUGGUCAUCUACCUUUCCUAUUGGUAUACGAAGACGGAACUCCCUAUCCGACUAUCAUUCUUCUGGAUGUCCUCCAACAUCGCCACAAUCUUGACGUCCUUCCUCGCGUUCGGAGUUUUGAACAUGCGUGGAUUCCUGGGGCAGGAGGGAUGGAGAUGGCUAUUUCUCGUCGAAGGCCUACUCACAUUCACUGUCGGGGUGGCAACAUUCUUCAUGAUGCCUCCAGGACCUGUGCAAACUAAGGCGUGGUUUCGCCCCGAGGGUUGGUUCACUCAUCGAGAGGAAGUUAUUUGUGUGACUCGGAUCUUACGAGAUGACCCUACAAAGGCGAGUCCAUACUAUGGUGACAUGCAUAAUCGAGAAGGAUUAACUCUGAAAAGGCUGUGGAAAGCGUGUUGUGACUAUGAUCUUUGGCCUCUAUAUAUCAUAGGCUUUGCGUUUGGUAUUCCUGUUGGCCCACCGACGUCGUACCUCACUCUCUCGCUCCGCAACCUCGGAUUCGACACAUUCACGAGCAAUCUCCUCACUAUUCCAUCCGUGACCAUAGGCCUCGUAACAGCAAUCACCAUCGUCACCAUCUCCGAGAAAGUCAACGAUCGCUCCAUAGUCGCUAUGGCCAUGGACCUCUGGGUCCUACCGUUCCUCGUAGCGCUGUAUUGGCUGCCAGAGGGUGUCAAUCCUUGGAUGACUUACCUUCUGAUGACGGGUAUGCUAUCAUAUCCGUACGUGCACCCGAUACAAGUGGCGUGGUGCUCGAGAAACUCGGGGGCUGUAGCGAGUAGAACUGUUAACGCAUCCCUGUACAACAUGAUGGUCCAACUGAGCGCCGUGUUUUCCUCCUAUAUAUACCGCGCCGAUGACGCGCCACAAUAUCAUCGAGGCAACUAUACCCUAAUCGUGAUCUGCUGCCUCAACCUCUUCGUUUUAUACCCCGGAACCAAACUGUACUAUACAUGGCGGAAUCGACAGAAGGCGAAGGUGUGGGAUCGGAUGACGCCUGAGGAACACUCGGCGUAUCUGCAGAUUACGGAGGAUGUGGGGAAUAGGCGGUUGGACUUCAGGUUUGCACACUAG